AUGUUGGGUAAACCACGCAUUGAGAUUGCACUUUCCAGUACAUUGCCAUCAUAUGAUCGCUUUCAACGUCAUCGAGCGUUGCCUGUAGAUGGCGCUAAUCUAAGUAUUGCACAACGUCUUGUGUUAGAGAAUAAAAAGCGUGCAUUGAAUUCAGCACGACGUCGUAGCACACAAGAGGUGGUAACAUCGUUACAAUAUACACCAGUGGAAUUGGGUUCACAUAUAUGGAUUCCAGACCCAGAGCAUGUAUGGCGUGUAGUAGAGAUUGUACGCUAUGAACCGACUGGAGAUCCGGAAAAAGGCAUGAUUUUGACGGUGAAUGGCAGAUUUGGUCAGGAAAAAAUUGAUAUGCGUGACAUUGGUGAUUUAUAUAAGGUCAAUCCACGUGUUGUUGAUGACAUGACAGGUCUCUACUAUAUUCAUGAGGCUGGUAUUCUUGAGAAUCUUCGUGUACGAUCCAAGAUGGAGAAUUUAAGACCUUAUACGCUCAUGGCCAAUGUACUUAUUGCUGUCAAUCCGCUUGUGCGUACGGUUGAGCCAAAGGUCACAGAUUAUAUCAAAACGCAAAUGGGUGAUCGAUCACCACACCCAUACUCGAUUGCAGAGGUGGCUUUUCAGCAGAUGGCACUACGUACACCGGCCCAGUGCCAAUCCAUUGUCAUUUCCGGUGAAUCAGGAGCUGGAAAGACUGAGACGUCUAAGAUUGUAUUGCGUUAUCUCACAUCACGUGAACACUUGGCCCUUACGGCCAAUAAGGGCAGUGUCGCACAGCAGGAUCUAGCACUUGAGCUAGACAAGCGACUUUGGGACACCAACCCCAUUCUCGAAGCUUUUGGUAAUGCGAAGACACUACGUAACCACAACUCGUCGCGUUUUGGCAAGUUUAUGAAGUUGCAGUUCAAGCCUGGUGACAACACAUUGAGUGGCGCUUUUAUCGAGACAUACUUGCUAGAAAAGUUCCGUGUUGUAGCACAGAUUCCUGGAGAGCGCAACUUCCAUAUUUUUUACUUCUUGCUCUCAGGUGCUAACCAAGCGCUUGCCAAAGAGCUCAAGCUUGAGUCCGUCAAUAACUUUUCAUAUUUGAACCAAAGUGGCUGUGUGUCAGACCCAAAUGUGGACGAUGAGAUUUUGUUCGACGAAGUGGCGAGUGCACUUGGCUCCGUGAACAUUGACGCUGGACUGCAAAAGCAAGUUUGGACAGUUUUAUCAGGCUUGCUGCAUCUGGGCAACGUCCGAUUAAAAGACCGUGAGACGGCUGAGGGUGACGCGGGAGAGGUGACGCCGGUAGCUCAGAAGUACGUGGCGUCGUGUGCUGAGCUGCUUGGAGUGGACAACAAUAAUCUAUUGCACGUGAUUACUACCCGUGAGAUCUCGACACGGACGGAAAACUUUACAAUCAAACGCACGGCAAAGGAGGGAAGCUAUGUGCGUGACGCUAUUGCCAAAUCGAUGUACAACCGCUUGUUCAAAUGGAUUUUGUACAAAAUUAACAGCUCGCUGGGCCACGGUGACAGCUCGCUACCAUUCAUCGGUGUGCUUGAUAUCUUUGGUUUUGAGUCAUUCGAGGAAAACGACUUUGAGCAGCUGCUGAUUAAUUACGCCAACGAGGCCUUGCAGGCCACGUUCAACCAACAGGUCUUUAUCGCCGAGCAGGAGCUGUUUGCAGCUGAAGGUAUCGAGGUUGGCAAGAUUAUUUGGCCCGACAACCGCGAAUGCAUUGAUUUGAUUUCACAAAAGCCGAACGGUAUUUUGCCUUUGUUGGACCAGGAGGCGAAAAUGCCCAAACCGUCUGACGAAAAAUGGAAUGCUACGCUACACAAGACUCACUCAAACCACCCGCACUUUUUAUCUCCUCACGAAAAGGAUAAGAAGUACGAGUUUAUUGUAAAGCACUUCGCCACGCGCGUGCCAUACACAAUCGGCAACUUUAUUGACAAGAACAACGACACGAUUCCCAAGGAUUUGGAGGAUUUUGUUACUUCCAGCAAGUCUUCGCUAAUUAAGGAACUGUUUUCGUCAAAGUUGGAUCUUGACACAAUGAACGGUGCACCAAAUACUAGUCAGCUUCACAAGCAAAGUGUAUCUGCUAAGUUUUGUGACCAAAUGCAGGAGCUCACGGACACGUUGAAUGCGACGCGCUGCAACUUCAUCCGGUGUAUCAAGCCAAACCCAACAAUGUCGCCCGGCGUUUUUGACAAUGGCUACGUUGUAGACCAGCUACGUUGCUCCGGAAUGUUGGCUACGUGCGAGCUGCUAAAGGUUGGUCUGCCUACGCGUGUGGCUUACGAGGAAAUUUGUCGGAUCUAUAAGCCCGUGUUGCCGCCUUCCGUCACACCGAUGUUCAACGCGUACAAUGACCGUACUUUCACGGAAGCAGUACUCUGGUCAUUUCGUGUUGAGUCUGAUGCCUACCGUCUAGGUCGGACAAAAGUUUUUUUUAAGACUGGCAAGAUUGCUUUGCUUGAUGCGUUGCUGAAGGUCGACAUGAAGAAGAUGGGUCCAUGGAUUGUUGCUCGUCUUCGCAAGUGGCUGGCGCGUCGACGUUGGCGUUAUGCUUUGGCCAAGGUGCUGGCUCAGCGCGCAUUCCUGUGGUUGUUGGAGGACACAAGAAGACGCAAGGCCGCUAUCGUUAAGAUGCAGGCCGUGAUGCGGAUGUUUGCCGUGCGUAAGCACUUUGUUCGCGCUCGCAAUGCGUACCGCUUAAAGAUGCGCCGCAAAGUACUUGCGCAGAAACACUGGAAGAUGGCCAUUGGUGGAGUUCGGGCUGCUAACGCUUUUAAGAAGCUAUUGCAGCAGACUCGCGAGCGCAUGGCCGGUCGGCUUGCAGCUCAAAACGCUGCCGCUGUGAAGAUUCAGUCCAUUGUCCGUGGUAAGCUUGGCCGUAAGCAAGCAGAAAAACGAUAUGCACAGGUACAAGAUGAGAAGAUGCGCAAGAGGCUUGCGGAAGAGAAUGCUCGUCUGGAGGCUGAGAAGAAAAAGUCGGCCAAAAAACGCUGGGUAUCGGCAUUCUAUGUUAUUCAGGCUCAGCGCCACUUUGUGAAACGCCUGUACCACAUUCGUAAGGCUAGUUUGGCAGUGGAGGAGGCUCGACGACUUGCGGCUGAACAGGAGCAGCUGCGGUUGCAGCGGGAGGAGGAGGAGCGCCAGCGUCGCCUUCAAGAAGAAGAGGAGGAACGUGAACGCCAGCGCCAGUUGGAACUGAAGCGUGCUACUGCGGCUGCUUUAAUUCAGCGUGCUUAUCGUCGAUCUCUUGAGCGCGAAGAGGCAAGGCGUCAGGCUGCUGUGGAGCGUGCCCAAGCCGCUUCACUUGCUGCUGCGAUGGCUGCGCAAGAUGCCGCUCAAGCCGCGCACGAUGCAUCUAUGGCGCACGAUGCUGAGGCGGCUGCUCUUCGUAAGCUAAGCGCAUACGAUGAGGCCCAGAGGAAGGCUGCUGCGGCUGGCACGCUAGGAACUGCCCCUGCACUUGGUGCGCUGGGUGUCGCCGGUGUUGCUGGCAACGGCCCUGUCGCGCUGGGCUCGGUGCAGCCCCUGCAAGCGUCCGUUGGCCAGGCUGGACAGAUUGGUGCUGUAGGAUCCAUGGGUGUUGCCGGCGCCAUGGUAGGACAGGAGUCACUUCAGAGUGCUGACAUGAGCUGGGUUGCUGGCGACAAUGCCAAGAUUGAAGGCGAGGCCGUUGCUGGCGAUGCUCUGCGUCAAGAGCAGCUCGCUCAGGCUGGCCGCGACCUUUUUGGUGAGGGCGGCGAAGCACCGGCUGGACCUGUGAUGUCUGCUGAUGACGAGAACUUGGUCAACCCGGUUGAGAAGAUACAGGAAUUUCCGACGGGCCCUCCGAUUCCGUAUAAGGGUGGUAUUAUGACAUGCACAAUGCUUGGUCACCGCAAACAGCAGGACCAGAACUGGGGCGAUGAGUACACGGAGUAUGUGCUGCGUGUGACCUGGGGCCGUGACAUCCUUGAGCAGUCCAAAACUGCCUGGCUCGUGGGUGGUCGCUAUAACGAUUUCAAUGCGCUUCACCAAGAACUAAAGGCUGCGGCUUCCGGUCGUCGUGGCAAGCGGGCUCCAUGGUUUCCACGUUUUCCGAAACGCCACCCGUUUUCAUCAAUGAUAGGCAAGAAUCAGGAGGAGAAGUUUAUUAUCAAGCGUGAGAAGGAGAUGAACCGCUACAUGACUCAAGUGCUAACGCAGAUGCCGGACGCUCUAUUGAACAUCCAUUUGGACCGUUUUCUCAACCUUACUCUUCGUACGCAGGACAUCUGCGAGCGUGAGGCGUACGCUGAGGCCCGCAAGCGCUGGGAGGAGGAAGAGCGUGAGGCACUAGCUAAUGCUGCUGAUGCGGAGCCACUGAACGACGCUGACCUUCAGGAGGUGGAACAAUUGGUGCACCAAUUGCUACAGAAGAUUAUCUACGCUGCUGGUGACGUUCGCCAGGAUACGGAGUUGCAAGAGAUGAUCCACGCUGUCAAGGUGUUGCAGCCUCGUGUGGCAGCAUCGGCCCAGAUUGGUGGCAAUGUAAACAUUGAGCUGAUUCCACUAGCUCAUGCAGCUGCAGGACGAUAUCCAAGACGCCUUCAACCAGUACAACGACACACUUCUGGCGCUACGGCUGGGCCAGGACCUCAACUAACCGUCCAGUCGGUUUUCGUGGAUGAAGGUCGAUUCACGUGUGUUGUCUGA